UAUUGAAGAGCCACAAACAAAUAGCCUGGAUGCCAGACGACCUUAGCCCCGCCCACAACAUUUGAGGUCAUACUCACAACAACGUCAGGCUAACAAACAAAGGAAAAAACUGUUAAAUACUCCAAAGGUGUCACCUUUGGAGUAUUUAACUAGUCCCUGUACUUGUCUCCCUUGCACAGCAAGAGCUUAUCUGUGAAAGGAAGGCCGUGCAUCUAACUUAGACAUCUAACUCUGAGACCAGAGUUGAAUAAAUCAGACGCAGCGAAACCACCGAACGGAGAAAACGGAAGUAGCCGUUGAAAAAAAUUACACACUGAAAAGGGAAGUAGUAGCAACUGCAAAUUUAAUCGUUCUUCCUUUCGAGAAAUUAACGCCUGCAACCACAAACUAGAAUAACCAGAUUCUGUUAACCACUCCCCUCCUGAAAGACUAAGUACAGACAGCAAGGAGGCUGCGAUGUCUUGUCAUGCUGGAGGAGCAGAGGGACCAUGAAGACACGAGCAGUAACAUGAUUAUGUUUCACAACAAUGAAUUCUAUACCGCUAUUAUGGAUGAAGAUGUGGGACGUAUUGAAGAUAUGGUGAAAAAGCACGGGAGCAACCUUCCCAUCCAGGUACAAGUGGGUGAACCUGGGAACAUUUUCUGGAAGGGCCCCCCCCUUCACCUGGCUGCCUCUUACAGAAGAGUAAAGAGCAUGCAGAGCCUGUUGUCAUUAGGAGCAGACCCUGGCCUCAGGGACCAGCACGGUCGAACCACAUUACACCGGGUGAUAACCAGUUGGCCGCAUACCUCGACUCCUUGGACAAAACCAGAUUCCAACUUCCAGAAUGUUGUGAUCGGCGCGCGCAGGAAGGCAGAUGCCUGUCUACAGCUCCUCUGUGAGCAUGGUGUGAACGUCAAUGCAGAGGUAGAGAGGGAGAGUCUGGAGACGGCUCUCCACCUAUCAGUGCGCUUUGCUGCUCUGUUUGCAGUCCAAACCCUCACCAGCCACGGUGCUGAGGUCGAUGCCGUGAACAGCACCGGGAUGACGCCCUUGCAUAUGGCCGCAGGGAUCCUUCAUAAGGACAUCCUUGUUAACUUGAUCAAACAGGGAGCAGAUAUCAACAGGGGGGUGAAGCACACAGGAAGCACAGCUUUACACCUAGCUGCUGUGGCAAUGGCCAUGAAGAGCGCUAAAACCCUGGAUGACGACAUCAACUGCAUUUCCAAGCUGCUGGAGCACGGGGCCAAGACCGACAGAGAGAACAAGGCCGGACUUACACCUUUACAGGAGGCAUGCUGCAUGGGCAAUGAGGAGCUGGUGGACCUGCUGCUCAGGUACGGAGCAGACAUCAACAAGCUGAGCCGAGCAGGGGAGAACUGUCUGUUUCUGUUCCUGAACCACGGGACCAACGUAAACAACAGCUCCCUGCUGGGGAAACUAGUCAACCUGACAUCCCCGCUCACCGUCUACAACCAAAAAGGUCUCCUUCCCUCAACCUUGACAUUACCGUGUUUCUGCAAGCAGCGAGAGCAGCUACUUAGACUCAUUCAACAACCAAGAAGGCUUCAGGAUAUUUGUAAGAGUUGUAUUUAUCUAAAACAUGUACAACACAAGAAAGGGGAACUGACAAAAAUACUGCCCGAGAGGCUGUGGGACUUUGUCUUCAACUCCUGGGAGAACGUACAGGACAUCUCCUUUCUGACUGAUGACGGACUUGUUAAAUAACAGCUAGAAACACAAUUUAAAUCUAAAAACAACACAUAUGAACAGAUGCCCAUCAAUAAAAACCAUGAAAGCAUCUUACCUUCAGGUCUCUGUGCAUGAUUCCUCUUGAAUGAAUAUACUCCACCCCUUCAAGUAUGUUCCUCAACAGGCUGAGAGUUUGUUCAGUAUCCACACAUCCAUACGGACCUGUCAUAGAAGCCAUGGGUCAAACGGACAUUAAACAAGUGAGACCUUCACAGAACGACUGAGGUCACUUCUCCAGCAGGAUUCAAGUCUAAUUAAAAUUUGCCUGUUACUACUCUAAUAGGAAGACAUAUAAUUAAUGGAGCCAUUUGUUAAUAUACAGUUAAGAUUUUUCUCGUGCAUUUUAUAAACUUUUUCUCGAAGACAAAUCUGCAAAAGGUUUAACCAACUUAUUAUAGUGCAGACCUUACCAGGUGCUAGUCAAAGCAUUUGCUUGACCACUAUCAUUAUUUGAUUAAUAGUCAUAUUGAUGACAUGUUAAUGGAUAAUACUAAAUAAAUUCUUAUUUUUGGACCCAG